AUGACCACUCCUCCAGGUUCUGAGAGCGCUGUAAAAACCCCAGUCUUGGCCAGUACACCUGUGGUCAGUAAACCUGUGGCCAGUAAACCUGUGGUCAAUGAACCUGUGGUCAGUAAACCUGUGGUCAGUGAACCUGUGGUCAAUGAACCUGUGGUCAGUGAACCUGUUGUCAGUAAACCUGUGGUCAGUGAGCCUGUGGUAGAUAAACCUGUGGUCAGUGAACCUGUGGUCAAUGAACCUGUGGCCAGUGAACCUGUGGUAGGUAAACCUGCGGUCAGUAAACCUGUGGUCAGUGAACCUGUGGCCAGUGAACCUGUGGUCAAUGAACCUGUGGUCAAUGAACCUGUGGUCAGUGAACCUGUGGUCAGUGAGCCUGUGGUAGAUAAACCUGUGGUCAGUGAACCUGUGGUCAAUGAACCUGUGGCCAGUGAACCUGUGGUAGGUAAACCUGUGGUCAGUGAACCUGUGGUAGGUAAAUCUGUGGUCAGUAAACCCGUGGCCAGUAAACCUGUGGCCAGUGAACCUGUGGUCAGUGAACCUGUGGUCAGUGAACCUGUGGUAGGUAAACCUGGGGUCAGUAAACCUGUGGUCAGUAAACCUGUGGUCAGUGAACCUGUGGUCAGUAAACCUGUGGCCAGUAAACCUGUGGUCAGUAAACCUGUGGUCAGUAAACCUGUGGUCAGUGAACCUGUGGUAGGUAAACCUGCGGUCAGUAAACCUGUGGUCAGUAAACCUGUGGUCAGUAAACCUGUGGUCAGUGAACCUGUGGUCAGUGAACCUGAGGCCAGUAAACCUGUGGUCAGUAAACCUGUGGUAGGUAAACCUGUGGUCAGUAAACCUGUGGUCAAUGAACCUGUGGUCAGUAAACCUGUGGUCAGUGAACCCGUGGCCAGUAAACCUGUGGCCAGUAAACCCGUGGCCAGUGAACCUGUGGUCAGUAAACCUGUGGUCAAUGAACCUGUGGUCAGUGAACCUGUGGCCAGUGAACCUGUGGUCUGUAAACCUGUGGUCAGUAAACCUGUGGUCAGUAAAUCUGUGGUCAGUAAACCUGUGGCCAGUAAACCUGUGGCAAGUAAACCCGUGGUCAGUAAACCUGUGGUCAGUAAAUCUGUGGUCAGUAAACCUGUGGUCAGUAAACCUGUGGUCAGUAAAUCUGUAGUCAGUAAACCCAUGGCCAGUAAACCUGUGGUCAGUAAACCUGUGGUCAGUGAACCUGUGGUCAGUGAACCUGUGGUCAGUAAACCUGUGGUCAGUGAACCUGUGGUCAGUGAGCCUGUGGUAGGUAAACCUGUGGUCAGUAAACCUGUGGUCAGUGAACCUGUGGUCAGUAAACCUGUGGCCAGUGAACCUGUGGUCAGUGAACCUGUGGUCAGUAAACCUGUGGUCAGUGAACCUGUGGUCAGUAAACCUGUGGUCAGUGAACCUGUGGCCAGUAAACCUGCCAGUCAGCCUGUGGUCAGUAAACCUGUGGCAAGUAAACCUGUGGCAAGCAAACCUGUGGCCUGUGGAGUCCACUCCGCCGAAGGUCUGACGACACCUUCAUUAAAGGUCAUGUCAGGUCAAACCAAAAAGAACCCUUUUAUCUUGGACCGAUGGGACCUGGUGGGACCUGAUGUGACCUGGUGGGGUCUGGUGGGACCUGAUGGGACCUGGUGGGACUGGAAGGGACCUGGUGGGACCUAG